AUGGAAGCACUGAUAGAAAGAGAGUUUGAUAUGAUUUUCUCCAAUUUCCUUCUCAGCUCAAUUUGGAACAGUAGCACUAUGCAUUUCUCAGAAUGGCUCAAUCAUUCCAACGUGGCUAACUAUAUGUUUCUCAUGCAAUCUUCAAAUUACACAGUUUCGUCAACCGAUGAACAUUAUCUAGUAAGAAUCACUCUAACCGGUUGUGGUUUGUCUCUAGUAGGAUGUAUAAUGACAUUGUUUAUUAUCUGUUUUCUACCUCGCCAGAAAGGAGAUGGUCCGUUUAUAGUGGGUAACUUGGCUACAGCUAUAUUACUAUCGCAGCUCUCGUUUAUAGGCGCUGAGAAUGCUUACCCUACAAAGACUUGGUGUAAAGUAGCUACAGCUAUUCUCCACUAUCUCUUUCUCUCUAUACAUUUCUGGUCUCUGUGUUUCGCUCUACAUCUUAUGAUGAAGUUGAUUGGAGUUCUGCAGACUGAGAAAUCUAAAAGAAGACUGUUACAUGUUACUACUGGAUGGUUAUUGCCCACCUUCAUUGUUGGACUCACAGCUAUAAUUAGAGGCGACACGUACGGCACUGAAGUCAUUUGUUGGUUGACAGCAGUACACAAAACAAGAUGGGCGUUUCUGGGUCCGAUCUAUGCAAUCAUGAUGAUAAAUUUCUCAGUGACAAUCAUUAUGUUGAUAGCUCGAGCUCUUCACGACAACAGAAAACUAGUUCCAUGCAUGAAAAGAAUAAAGCAUCUAUUACUGACGUUUACGACUCUGGUACCAGUACUGAGUUUAACCUGGGUUUUUGGACUGGCAUCUUCUAACAACAUGUUUUCUCAAUAUCUCUUCGUUAUGAUCAACUCCUCACAGGGUUUAUGGAUACUGGUGGGUCACAUGAUGUUCAGUUCUCCAGUCAAAGCUCUUCUUCUAACCAAAGCAAUCGGUGUGGACAAGAAAGACAAGAAAUCGAAAAAGAGGAAUCCAGAUGACAGUGCUUCCAGUGAAGAGACAGAAGAACUACAAUAUAACUGUCCAGCAGAAGCAUCACCCCUCAGACAAACCCCAAAACCACCACGCCCACCUGCACCACCCAGGAUACAAGUUGAUACAGUCUUUCAUAUGACAGGAGAUGGUGGACCUUCAGAAAUACCUCAUGGAGGUCUGGAAACUAAACUUACAUAA